CGGCAGAGACAUCAGUGGAGACAUGGCUGUGCAGAGCUGGACUCAGAGUUUACAGGCAUCGAGGAAAACAGCUCUGAUCCACGACGGAAAAAGGAAGAUCCACUUCCUCUUCGGCGAUGGAAAAGAAAUGGCUGAAGAGUAUGACUUGAAAACAGAUGAGCUCAUUGUACGAAAGUGGCGUAAUGAAAGCACUCUUGGAGCUCAGGGCCCAUGGCAGGUGGAGGUUGGGGAGCAAUCUGCAAGCCCUGUUGCAUCUUCGGACCAUGGGAUCAAGGAGAACAACUCCAAUCCUGUGUUCAUGCGUACGGACACAAAGAGCAGCUUUCAGUGGAGAAUCCGUAACCUUCCCUAUCCUAAAGAUGUCUUCAGUGUUUUUGUGGAGCCAUCGGAGAAAUGCAUCAUCAUAAAGACCUCAAACAAAAAGUAUUAUAAGAAGUUCAGUGUUCCUGACAUGGAGCGCAGUGAGCUGCCAUUCGAAUGCUCUGCCCUCAGCUUCACUCACGCCAACAACACUUUGAUUGUCAGCUACAAGAAACCCAAAGAGAUCUUAACCCUUGAGCAGGAGCUACUGAAGGAGCUGAAGAAACUGAAGGGAACUGGAGAUGGGAACGUCGACUGCAAAACUCAGUGAAUUGUGACGGUGGGAGCGAGAGAAAAGUUCUGCAUUGCAUUUAAAGCAGAAACACACAGCGUCAUUUUUCCAGUCACAUGUGAGCCUUACUUUGACUUACUAUAGUGAGAAUCCCUUCUCUCAGAAUCCCUUCUCUCAGUGCCUUAUUCACAGGUUAGUUUCUCUUAUUAUGUUUCUCAAAUGUGGCCCAUUUAAUUGUGGUCAAUGUGUUUCUCAGCCUCACAGGCAGAUUUAUUAACUUUGCCAUUUGACCAUGAGGGGUUUUUCUCCAAAUAAUUUCUGUCACAGAAAAAUAACUGCAGAAAACAUUUGUGUAUUUGGAAUUUUAAAAUAUUGCAACAACAUGUAUUUUGGUACUCCUUGUCACCAAAGCUACUGGGGAGACAUUUAGACGGCAGGGUCACAUAACCCACAACCUUCCUUUUCGUUGAUGUCCUUGUAAAACACUCAGAACACACAAUGCCUCAUCCCUGUUCGUUCCGGGGUCACUGUUACGAGCACAACCCAUUUGUGUUAACUGAAUAUCCUUAUGUUCCUUGCAUGUAGUGGGCCACCCUGAAAGCCAUUACUGAAACUAGUGUUACCAUUUCCCAUUAGAGCAGAGGGUCACUCCGACGCAGUGGUCUGCAGCUAAAACUCCUAGGACACAGGUUAGAAAUGAGGGCAACUGUUCCAGAGUUCUUUUACAAAAGGGCCUAAUGUUGACGAAUAUAAAGUCAGCAGCUCUCAUGUUUCUCAAAUGAAAUUCUGAGUGAAUAACCGAUCAUGUACAGAAAUAAAUGAUUGUAUAGAGCGUGCUUCACUGCGAUGUUUGAUAAGUUCAUUUUAAGAACUACUGUCCGAAAUACUUAGACAGUGGAUAAAAAAGGAGACAAUGGUAUUUAAAUAUAGAUCGUUUCAACCGUGUGAUUCCUUGCAUAUUUUACCACUUGUCCAAACCCAGAGAGCAAGUGCAAGAAGCAGAGACAAAACCACAGGUCUCUCUCACCAUUGUGCUUUGUCUUAUUCCAGAUGGAAAGAACAGGAACACAAGAAAGCAUUGCAUACGCUGCCUGUCCUGUUGUUUUGCAAAUUCUUGAGAGAGACUUGAAGGAACUGAAAUGAAGAAAGCCACUGACACAUACUUGUCAAGGAAGUGUUUUUCUACCUGUUUUUACCA